CAGUUGAGCUUUUGCGCACGCGUGGUUGCCCGUCAAGCAAAGGAACUCUGGGGUGUGUAGGGCACAGUCGAUAGAAAUUAAGGUUUUAAAAGAGACAAAGAAGAAAGUUGUAAAAGUCAACUAAGUAGAAGAGAGUGUUACAGGGAAGUAAUGGACCAACUGGAGUGGCCUAACGAAGAGGUGGGACUGGAAGAGACGCAGUGUCACCAUGACAACAGUGACAGGACCAAUAACAAUAAUCGUGGCAAGACGGUGAGUCCGGCUGCAGGAGAACACCCUCUUCAGUACAAUUACACAUUCUGGUACAGCAGAAGAACCCCGAGUCGUCCUGCAAGCUCACAAAGUUACGAGCAAAACAUUCGACAGAUUGGCACUGUGGCAUCGGUUGAACAGUUCUGGAUGUUCUAUAGUCAUCUGGUCCAUCCAGGGGACCUGAGUGGACAUAGUGACUUCCACCUGUUUAAGGAGGGAAUCAAGCCCAUGUGGGAGGAUGAGUGUAACCGCAGUGGGGGAAAGUGGAUCAUUCGACUUCGCAAAGGGUUAGCAAGCCGAUUUUGGGAAAACAUCAUUUUGGCCAUGUUGGGGGAGCAGUUCAUGGUGGGGGACGAAAUUUGUGGCGCUGUCGUGUCAAUACGCUUCCAGGAGGACAUUCUUUCCAUCUGGAAUCGGACGUCCAACGAUCAAACGACAACGGCCAGAAUUCGAGAUACUUUAAGACGAGUCUUAAACCUUCCUACCAAUACAAUUAUGGAGUACAAGACCCACAACGACAGCCUCAGGGACAACUCCAGCUUUAGGAAUACAAAAAUUUCCCUCUGAUGGUUGUGUCAGCUGACUUCAUUCAGGAUGCCAUCAAACUGCUCCCUUCAGUUGUUUUUUUUCUGGAUUCUGGAGUUACUGCUGUGUGUGUGUGUGUGUGUGUGUGUGUGUGUGUGUGUGUGUGUGUGUGUGUGUGUGUGUGUGUGCGCGCGCGCGUGUGUGCGUUCAAUGGACCAAUUAAACCCGGUUGACGUCAUUAAACAGAUUUUGUUAAUUUUCCCAUUGCUGAUCAAAAAGAGGCAGAGACCUGGAGGUGAUGUUCCAUAGCAUUAUAAACUACUUUGAGCAACAUGUAAUGGCACUUUGUUAGCAGAGAAGCAUCCAACUGGAACCAAACUUUCUGUCCUGGAGUCCCUCAUGAUUGGAGUUUUCCUUACGCCACAAUAAGAUACGGGUGAUUGAGGUUCAUUUUGGGGAAGACUGACGGUGUUAGAGAAACCUGUAUGUGGUUGUUUGAGACUAGGGGUCUGCAAACUUUACUGUCAAAAGAAACAUUUUUCCACCUCUUCCAUGAAUGAAAAUAGCAAUGAGCUACAAAACCUUAACACAACUUAUAAACUUUUAAAAGUUUUCAUCGUUUUCAUUUUUUAUUUUACAGGACAAGAAAUUUGUCCAACUCUUGUUGUUUUUGUAUUUUCAUUUUUGGCAAGUAUUCAUUGUUGGCAAGCUGUUUUACUUGCCUUCCUUGUGCCUGAGGACUCAGUCGGAAGGGUUGUUAUAUAAGUAAACUUUGAUUGAUUGAAAUUAUAGGACUCUUUUUAAAAAUGCAAACUGUUCUCACUCUUGUGUUUAAAAAAAUCUGAGGGAUCACAACAUAGAGGCAGAAGAGCCACAUGCGGCUUUAGAGCUGCGGUUUGCAGACCCCUGUUUUAGCGAAAUGUCUUGCCAAUGACUUUUAGCUGGUUGCUGACUUUUUAUGUCCCACGUCUCCUGCUCUUCCCCUGUAUCUGUUAUCAAUCAUACAUACAUGUCUCAUUGCUGUCUAGCAAUUUGAAGAGGCUUGAGUGCCUGCCUCAUGAAAUUAACUUAAAAAAAUAAUGCACAAAGAA